UCCUCCAGCGCCCAAACAUACGCUUUCCGAGCUCGGAGCGCCGAUACACGAGUACACGACACGGAAGCCGAGCACGGGCACACUCCCCCUCCUGACCUCGUCCCAGCUCGCCCCCCGCAUCUAUCCCUCCAUCCCUCUCUCGCCCUGCCAUCUCCGGUGCUGCUCUCACCUCACAACGCGCUCGCCCUCGCCCUCUCCUCCGUCCCCGUCCCCGUCCCCUGCUCGCCCGGCGCUCGCGCAGAUUCCGCCGUCCGGGGAGCGGCGUUGAGGCCUUGCUCCGAUGAGCUCGGGGGCCGUGGCGGCCUCGGAUCCGGGGGGUGGCGAGCCGAAGCUGGUGCCGGGCGCUGACGUGGCGAUGACCGAAGCAGAUGGCGUGGUGGCUGCGCCUGCCGCCGAGGCUAAGGGGGAGGGGAAGGCUGCGGUCGCGGCGGAUGAUGGCCAGGAAGGGGGAGAUGCGGCGGCUGCCGCGUUGAGCGACCUGCUUUACGCGACGGAGUCGGCUGGUAUGAUUGGUGUAGAAGGACCUGGUGGUGAGCCAGUGGAGGAAGGGGUGAACGGUGGCGAGUAUGGGAGGCUGGAAGCUGGAGCUGAAAGUCUGCAGAAAGAGACGGAGGGGAAGCCGGUUCCGGUGGGAGAUGUAGCUGCUGAUGCUGGUCAAGAAGCAGAAGCAGCUAGGUAUGCUGCUUCCAACCAUGAGGAAGCCGAAUCCAAUGAACCUGAAGAAAAUCAUGUAAACGCCGAGCGUGGGACAGAGAGUAAUGAAAUUGGUUACGGUGUAGCACAUUCCGGUAAGGAAAUACAGAACAACGUGCCAGGUGAGGUCGGGGGAAGCUCCAAGAUCCAUGAGGAUGAUGGAGCACCUGCAGCUGACCAACCGGAUGAUGGAUCUGAAAUGCUGCCGCAAACUGGGGAGCAGUUUCCUGACAGUGGAAAUGGUCCUAGUAGUAACGAGGAGGAUUCUAGUCUAGGAAAUGUUAUUCAGGGUGCUAGAUACAGCCUGCCUCCUCUUGAUAAAGGCAGUUUCCAAGUUGCUGAUCUCGUCUGGGGUAAAGUAAAAAGUCAUCCUUGGUGGCCUGGUGAAAUUUUUGAUCCAUCAGAUGCAUCUGAAUUGGCGCUGAAGCACCAGAAAAAGGGGAGCCGCUUGGUAGCUUAUUUUGGUGACAAUACUUUUGCAUGGUGCGAUGAAUCCCAGUUGAAACCUUUCGUAUCAAAUUAUUCACACAUGGAGAAACAGAGCAGUUCAGAUGCCUUUGUCGGGUCAGUUAAUAAUGCCCUUGAAGAACUUUCAAGGCGGAUACUGUCAGGUAUGAGCUGCUCUUGUUUGCCGGAAGAGCUUGCUGAUAAUGGCAUGUCCUACACGGUUGAUAAUGCUGGCCUCAAGGAAGGGGUUACUUGCUCUGCAGUUAAUCGGUCAGAGAUCAUAAAGUGUUUUAGUCCAGAAAACCUUCUGCAUUACAUUAAGGAGUUAGCUCUAUUUCCUGGCCAAGGAGGUGAUCUGUUGGAGUUAGUGAUAGCAUGUUCUCAACUUACUUCGUUCUAUCGAUCAAAGGGAUGUCCUGAACUUGCAUCAUUUCAAACUGGUGAUGCUUGGGUUGAGGAUGGGCUGGGGCUGGAUGGCAUGGACACUUCAGCCACCCAGAAUGCAAUGGUCGAGGAAGUUGUGGUUAAUGAAGUGCAUCCUACUCAAGAUAAGCCAAAAAGAGGGAGGGGGAGACCUCGGAAACAAAAACCUGUGGAUGACCAGGUGGUCAUGGAGAAAAAGAACACGUCUAAUCGGGCCAAUGAUACUACCUAUGAUGAGAAACAAAUGCUUAUGGACUUUGAUGAUUUUGACAACUUACAAAACAAGAAGAAAAGAAACUUUGAAUCAUUUGAAGAUUCAGAGAAAGCAUCAGCUCCAACUGGCGGUAGUUCUUUCAAGAUUGGCGAGUGCAUCCGGCGAGCUGCAAGCCAGCUGACAGGAUCAUCCAUUGUGAAGGCUCAGAAUGAACCAACAGGCUAUAAGAAUGCGGCAGAAACAGAGAAUGGGGAAUUUGAUAUCUCUAGUGAUGACGCAGUUGAUGAACUUACUGUGGAGAAGCGAGCAAAAAGGAGACGCUUGCACAGGAAUCACACUGCAGACCCCAAGGAAUUACUGUCACAGCUAUGCUUAGUUGCAACAGAGCCAAUGAGUGGGUAUAGUUUCUCAGCAAUGAUAAUCAGUUACUUCAAUGAUUACCGAAACUAUAUUGUUUCUACUACUACUGAAGCAAACAUUGUUGAAAAAGCUACAUCAAGGACGGGGAGAAAGAGAAAAGAGGUUUUACCUUCUCCUGAAGUAGAGACAACAGAUCAUAUGCAAGACUCUUAUUGGUCUGGAUUGAGCUUGCAUAAUCACCCAAUUCAUGACCUCAGAAAAGACGGUUCUUCUACAAGGCCAAGGCGUAGGCGGAGAUCCUCAAGACAUACAUAUGUACCUUUGUCGGAACUUGGAGAUUCAGUUCCUAAGAAACAGAUACAAGUGAUGGAAAGGUCAAUCAUCCAUGUCGAUGAGAAGAUGGUUGACGAGUUGAAGCCCACUGCACUUGUUUUGAGCUUUGGCAGGUCAGCUUCUAUUCCUUCAGAAUAUGAUCUCGUUAAGAUGUUCAGUCGCUAUGGGCCUCUGAAAGAAGCGGAGACAGAAGUAGACAAGGACACAAAUACUGUUAAAGUUGUCUUUAAGAAACGUAUAGAUGCUGAAAGGGCUUUUAGUGUUGCUGGCAAGUAUGGCACUUUUGGACCUUCGCUUCGAAGCUACCGUCUUGUGAAUAUGCCGUUCUCUCUAAAGACAUUAUCAACAAAUAAUCCUGUGAAACACCCUGAAGGUCAUGGCACAGAGAUUCCUGGUUCGAGUAAGUCUGAAGCUCCUAAGGAUGACAUGGAAGUUGACCAGGUGCACAAAACAGAGGAAGCAGAAGUUAUGGGAGAACUUUCUGUUGAACAAGUGGAGAACGUGAAGCAAACAUCUCUAAUGGAAUCUUCAGACGCUACAUUCACCAAUCAAGUUGUGGAUGAGAGAGCUGGAAAGAUGGAUACUGAGCUAAUUGGCCAUGUUAAUCAAAUUGGAACAGCAGCACAUGCUGCAGCUGUAGCUGAAGGUUCAUCUGAGCAAAUUGGCAAUGCUGAGCAAGCUUACACUCAGAAGGAAGCCUUGACCGGUGGUCUACCUGAGAUUCCUCAUUCAGGAGCUGUAACUGGUGCAUCAACUGGAGGCGCGGUUGAUGAAAUACAGCUGAGUGAUGCUCCAAAUCAAGUAUCGACUGGUGAUACAACUAAUACAUUCCAAGUGGAAGCUGCUUCAGAGGCACAAAUUUUACAUUUUGAUGCUACAAUAAAAGAGUCAGCUCAAGAUGUUUCAGGAGAUAUGCAAAUGGAUGUUGUAACUGAAGCCCCCAAACAGGAUCAAAUUUCUGGAGAUAAUACUGUGUUCGAAGCAGUCACUGAAGCACCAGAUGCUGCACAAGUUCGUACUGAGGAUGGUACUGCUGAUGAAGUUCCAGAAGAGUGCAUGGUACCUCCUGUGUUGCAGAGUCAAACCUCCUGUGAAAAACUGGUGGAACAAGAUGCAACUGAGCAAAAAGUGGGAUCUGAAGUUCCAAAGUUGGAAGAUGAAACAUUUGCUGCAGAACCUGUUGUACCAGGUGCAGUCGAGCAAGAAGUUGAGGUGGAAUCCAAAACUACUGUUGAAGUAUCUGGCGAACAAGUCUACAGUACUGAGAAAACUGUUCAAGUGGAAGCUGUGACAGAAGCAUCAGGUGGACAACUUGAGGUGGGAAGACAAACUCCAGAAGAUGAAUCUAUGGCUGAUGCAACCACCAACUCUACGGUCAUGGUUGAGGAAAUUGUGGAGGCAAAAGCAGUUGCAGUCGAGGAGAAUAUUGAAAAUAAUAAUGUUUCUGCUAUAGGAGUAGCUGAGGAGACUGCUGAAGGUGAAAUUAAGGAGGAAGCAUCAGUGGAGAAGGGGGAAAUAGAAAAUAACGCUGCUGCUGACACACUAGCUGGGGAGACCAGAGAAGGUGAAAUUACAGUCGAGGCACCAGAUGGGAAAGCACACAAUGAAGCUAUUGCUGAAACAAUUACUGGGGAGACAGCUGAAGGUCAAUCUGCGGCUGAAGUACCGCUUGGAGAAGCUAGAACAACUGAGGAAAUGAUAGAGGAUGUUAAGGAGCUGGAUGAUAAAGCUUCAUUAGCUGAGAAACCCGCAGAAGAUGCCACGGUUAUAACACCAGAUGAGAGGACUACAGUUGGUAAGACUCUUGAGGGUGCCAAGGUUGAGCAACUGAAUGAGAAAACUACUACAGCUGAGACAACUGUGGAGGAUGCCAUGGUUGAGCCAUCAGAUACAAAUGCCUCUGAGGCUGAAAAAACUGCGAAGAGUGCCACACGUAAAGCACCAGAUGAGAAAGGUACAGCAGCAGAGAAGACUAUAGAGGAUACCACGGUUGAGGCACAAGAUGUACAAGCAGGUGCUAGUGAGUAAGCCAGCUAGCGUAUGUUGCAUCCCUGUCAGCUUCUGUUGAUGUCGAUGUAGACUGCUCUACUGAUUCUCAUCUGGACGAUGUGGUCUGUAUAGAAAAAUGGGAACCCGCUUUAGCAUCAGAAUGCUAUUAGGUAUUAGUGACUAGGGCAUCUACAUCUUUGCCCCUUCUCGUAUGAACUUCUUCUAGUUGUAUUGGAUGACGCGAAUGUGUCAGUUGUCAUAAACAGAGUUUCUUCCUGUACGUUUGUUCAGCGCUCAGGUGAUCAGCGAAGAUCAGAUUGGAUCGGAGAAGCCAUGUUCGUUCCUACGUUACACGGUCAGGUUUGGGAGUCUUUGGGCAUUCUACUGGAAUCCGAUGAUUCUUGUACCAUUUGUCAUUUUGUAACCUAACUGUGUUUUGGAACCCUUUAUCUUACCCGUAGAAUCUUUUAGGUGAAUUCUGUCUUAUCAUUGAUCGAUCAUCGAAUUUCAGCAACUUUUUUGUGGUA